AUGAAUCAUGUAAGUUUAAGUUGGUAGUGCAAUUUGAUUUAAAUACUAACUUCAUAUACAAAUAAGUAUGAAUAGAUGAGCAAUACAAACUAAUAACUAGAUGAAAUCUUUUAGAAUUUUGUUUAAAUUUACUCAAACAAGUUUUAAUAAAAAGAAUUUGAGCAAACUUUGAUUAGCUAAAAAAUAUUGAAACUAAGUCAAGAGAAAAUGUAACAAGAGCAGUUAUUGCAAACAUAAGGCUAAAUAUUGGAUAGUAUUAGAGAGUAAAGAGAAAGAUUGCUUUAGAAACUAGAUGAAAGAGAAUAAGAGUAAACAAGGAUAGAAAAGGUUUUGGAGAGUAGUAAUAAAAGAGAAUCAGAAUAACAUAAAUUUGAAGAUCUUUAGGAUGGAAUAUUAAUGUGUAAAGAGAAAUGUGUGUUGUUAUAAGAGGAAAAUAUAGAGUUUACUAAGUUGGCUAGUUCUUUGAGAUAGGAAAACGAUUAAUUAAAAAUUCGUUAUUCAUAGGUAAAUAAUUAGAUAUUAAAUGUAUAGGUACGCUAGACAUAUGAUAACAAUUUAUUGACAUUAAAUGAAUUACAAUAACAUGGUUUGAAUCUAAAUUAUCGAAUGAUGAAAUUUACAAAAAUAAUAAAAGACCUAGUUCAAUUAAAUCAAUGUGGAAUAAGUUAGAGUAGGAAAACAAAACUUGAAAACUUUGUUAGUAAUUAUUCAUAAUUGGAAGAUACAUGUAUAACAUAAUUAAAUUCAUUUUGAGCACCUUGAGGAAUUAUAUAAGAAUUUAGAAAUAUAGAGAGAUAAUAAUUAAAACUUUAAUCAUGAGGUUGUAGAAAGUAUUUCAUAACUAAUCUAUAUAAAAAGAGAAUUAGCUUAAAUAA